AUGGAUGAAAUAAAGAAGUACUCAUUCUUCGGACUAGCAUCCAGUUUUGAAAUGGUACCGUUAAUUGUUUUAAACCCAGAUGAUGCCAUCGAUAUGGAAAUAGAGAGAGAUCAGCAAGUAAACAUAGAAGAUGUUUGGAAACUUGAUCCGAUUAAAUCGAAAGAAGGCAGACUACGAGAAGCAAAUAAUAUAGUGCACUGUGUUGACAAUAGCUAUAUAUAA